CCCAGCCCUGCCCAGACUGCGGGAGCGGCGCGCUCACAGCCCCGCCGGGCAGCCCCGGACAGCGCCGGCAGCCCCGCAGGCAGCGGGCAGCACCGGACAGCGCCCGCAGGCUCCCCUCUCAGAGACAGCCCCCGGGGGGCACCUCAGAGACAACAAGAUGAACCCCACCGUCGGCAUCGCCGUCAUCCUGACAGUCCUCCAGGCUGCCCACUGUCAGAUGAUCAAGGACCUGAGUGCCUGCCUGCUGGGCCAGAACCUGCGCGUGGACUGUCGCUACGAGAACAAAACCAGCAACCCCCUGACCUACGAGUUCAGCAUCACCAAGGACAACAGGAAGCACGUCAUCCACAGCACCAUCAGCGUCUCGGAGAACAUCUACCGGAGCCGGGCCAACGUCACCAUGCACAAGAACCUGGUGUGCCUCCACCUGCAGAGCUUCACCACCAGCGACGAGGGCGUCUACAUGUGCGAGCUGAGGGCCACCAACGACUACACCGGCAACCAGAUACGGAACAUCACCGUCAUCAAAGACAAACUGGAGAAAUGCGCCGGCUUCAGCCUCUUGAUCCAGAACACCUCGUGGCUCCUGCUGCUCCUCCUCUCCCUGCCUCUCCUGCAAGCCGUGGACUUCGUGUCCCUGUGAGAGGGGAAGCCCCACGCGCGCACACACACCCGCCCAGGCACGCGCACACACCCACACACACACACACCGAGCCCCCCCAGCCAACCCGCCUCCCCCGCCAGGCCGCAGCCCUCGGGAAAAAAAAAGAGAAGCCGACCCGUCUGGAAGCCGUGAAAGCUCUCUGUGUUAUCUCUAUAUAGCCGUAUAUCUAACGCUCCCCACUGCCCCGCCAUCCCACGCGCACAGUGCCCCGCUCCGAAGCAUGGCGGGCUCUGCUAAGGCAGCGCUGCUUCUCCCAUCGUGCCCUCCCCGCUCCGCCAGGCUGGCUGGUUUUGCUCGUGCUGGGAGCGCUGGAGCCUCAGCCUCGCUUGUCCCGUCCCUCCUUUAACUUUUGGGGUUUGCCCCUUCUCCACCGGAUUGGCAGGUAAGAGAGGGAGGGGUGGUGCGAGAGCAUGCGGAGGGUCCCCGUGGUUGGUGCUGUGCCCGCAGCCCCCGGAGCUGAGGGGGCUGUCGGUGUCCCCACCUGCCCUGCCCGCCAGCCAGGUGACUGAUUCCUCAUCCUGCUCCUCGCCCUGAGUCACCCCGAAAUGCCACGGCUGGGAGUGGGCACGAGGAGAAUCCUGUCUCGGAGCCAGCAGGGAGGAGGAGAGAGGGGCAGCCAUGGGAUGCAGGGCCUGGCCAGGCUGGGAGGAGAAAAGGGAGCAGGUCUAGGAGACACCUGUGAAAGUCCCCCCUGCCUCCUCAGGGUUCCUCUGGGGCCCUGGGAGCGGGUUCACUGCAAAUGUGCUCUGGCAACAAGUUUUUCCUAAUCUGUCUCUUACAGCUGAGCUGGAAGCGAGGCCUCCUCCAGACACCAUCUGGUACCUUUGGGCUGCCCGAGCCAGAGCCACCACUUGCUCUCCCCGGGGACCAGCCCUUAGCUGUGACGAGAGAGUUGCUGCCAGCACCCGCUCGCAGUGGAGGCAAGCAGAGCCUCUCUGAGCUAGACACAGCCCUGCCCUCGCCCCCACUGCCCUCCCCAGGGCUCCCAGAGCUGCACCCAGGCUGCUGGGGAGGGGGCUCCCCUUUGGGAGUGUGACCCCAAGGUCUCUGCAGGGACUCAGUGUCUUCCCAAGGGAACAACUUGGGGUCCCAAUCCUUCCCCACGGGUAGGGUCAGCAGUCUUCCAGUCCCACGUGCCUCCUCCCUCCUCCCUUCCAGCGUUUCCCUGUCUCCAUUUAAGAGCAGAAAAAGGACCUAGGUGCAGCCCAGCUCUUGCCCACCACCUCAGUGAGGCCGGGAUGAUCCCAGGGGUUGGCGAGAGCGGGGAGAGGGAAUCCCAGCACAGCCCACAUCCACCAGCCCAGGUCUGCCCCGACGCCCACGGGGACCCCAAGGAACCUCCUGGGGGAGAGCACAGGGAGGGGAAGGCUCAGGCAGGAGCACCCACACCCCCGGGGGUGAACCCCAGCGCUGCUGAGCUGCUUGUGCAGCCCGGGCUGUGCCACCGCGGCGUAGAGCAAUCCACAGCAGCCGCUGCCCCACUCCCUGCUCCUCUCCAGCUGCCUCGUGCCCCCGUGCCCCCUUCCCAGCCCGUCCCUGCCUGCUUGCUUGCUGUCUAGUGCUGCUGAGGCCGUGUAUAGCUGAGGGCUGGCUGUGCCCAGCUCCCUGGGCGUGCUGGUGAGCGCCGGGGCGGGCACAGGGCCCAGCGGCAGAGCGCGGACGCGUCUCGAGUCUCUUCAUUUUUUGGUGAACAUUUGUAGUUGUUUCCACAGCUUUGUCGUCAGAGAAAUAAUUCUGUUAAAGGGAUGAUGAUAAAAACAAAACAAAAAAAAAAAAAAGGAGAAGAAAAG